UUUGCUACAUCUACAGACUCUACACCAAGACUUGUGAAAGGGACUCGAAAACAGCUCAGAAACAGCUUUCCCCAUGCUUCUCCUCUGCUUCUAGACUUGCUUGAGCUCCUAUCAUAAACUAUGUCUCUGCACAAGGCACUCAAGCCUAUCAUCUUUCGCAGUGUCCUCGAAUAUCGAGCAUGGCGCCAUCAACAGGCCACCAAGGCUCUAACCAUUGGGUUCGUACCCACAAUGGGAGCCCUUCACGCUGGUCACAUCUCACUUGUUCAUCAGGCUGCUAGUGAAAAUAGUCUUGUGGUCAUGAGUAUCUUUGUGAAUCCUGCUCAGUUUGCACCGAAUGAAGAUCUCGACAAGUACCCAAGACCCAUUGAGUCUGACCUCGCCAAGAUUUGUGAGACUGGCAAGGUCGAUGCAGUCUUUCUACCAUCAGCACAAGAUUUAUAUCCUUCUGGGAUUGAGCUGGAUGUGCAACGGCAAACUGGUGCGUUUGUCUCUGUCCUCGGCUUGUCGCACCAGCUAGAAGGCGCUGUUCGUCCACACUUCUUUCGAGGCGUCGCAACAGUCUUGGCAAAGUUCCUCAACAUCAUCCAACCAACCAUUCUUUACCUGGGUCAGAAGGAUAUUCAGCAAUCGAUCGUCGUGCGUCGCAUGAUGCGUGAUCUAUGCUACGAUGCAGAAUUACGGAUAGGCCAGACCGUCAGGGAGUCUGACGGUCUUGCCAUGUCCUCAAGAAAUGUCUAUCUAUCCGCAGAAAAUCGCAAACGUGCGACAUGUCUCUCUAGAGGUCUCUUUGCAGCGGAAGAUGCAUACAAGUCUGGCGAACGCAAUGCAGAAACAUUACGGCAGUGUGUCAGGGAUAUACUGGCGUCGGAAGAAGGUGUCGAGGUGGAGUAUGUUAGCGUGGCGCACAUGGAUGACUUGCGAGAGCUCAACAUGAUUGAGGCGAGUCCUGUAGUCUGCUCAGCGGCGAUACGCCUUGGGCCGACGCGUAUCCUUGACAAUGUCAUCUUGCAAUGAUCACAACACGCAAAAGAUGACGAGAAAACCAUGAAAAUCGCGAUACAGAGAAUGCGCUUAGAAU